AUGUAUCCAAAUAGGCCAGAUUUAUAUUCUUCUGAAGUCAAAGCAGCUGACGCGGUUUUUAUUAGACAAAAAGGCGCUGUCUUGUUAGAAAGAUCUCUGGACAGUAUCGUUGAUAACACAUUGAAGAUAUGCUAUAGAAGAUAUCAAGGAAAGUCCAAUGAGUCAUCACUGACGAAAACUAAGCUAAACCUUGUGCUCUUCCACGGGACUGGUAUGAAUAAAGGAUUAUGGCACUAUCACAUAAAUAAAUUAUUCGAAUUUUUCAAUACAGGAAAGGAUAAUGGCACUAACCUACACUUGAAUGUAGUUUGUGCGUUUGACGCAGUGAAUCACGGCGAAUCGGCCGAAUUAAAUAAAAGUAAGUUGGGAUAUCUUUACGACUGGCGUGAUAGCUCGAAGGAUGUUGUAAAGGUUUUAACAGAAGACGAAGCGGCCACAUUCAUUGAAGCCGAGAACAAAAUGUCGAUAAUAAUCGGGCAUUCUAUGGGUGGGUUCGUUUCGUUAUAUGGUACCUACUUAGCACCUGCGUUGUUUGAUUCUUGCAUAUUGGUGAAUCCGGUUUCUCAUGUCAGCCCCAGUGAAUACGCAGAAAGAGAUAUGGAGUUUAAAGUUUGGUAUGAACGGAACUACAUGAAAGACAACUUUGACAUACAAGAUGGAAACAACUGGUAUAACGAAAUCGAAUCAUUCCUCAAGACGAAAUCGUUUUAUAGAAAAUUUCACCCAACUGUUUUGGCGAAUUUGCUCGAGGACGAAUUGCCUAAAGAAGUUAAACAGUCACCCAAAGCAGCUUACAACAAAAUAAAGUUGAACACUACAGUAGAAGCUCAACUUCAUACAUACUGGGGUAUGGUUAAAUCGAUUCCCUGUGGUAUGCCAACUUUUCGAGAAAUUAAAGUUCCCGUAUUCCAUAUUGUAAGCGACUUUGAUAUUUCCAGUGAUGAAAACAGAAGUUUUAUGAGAAAUAAUCUCCUGCAAGUCGUUCAGUGUAUCAAUUUUCCAAACUCUAAGCAUUUACUAAAUGGAGAGGAGCCAGAUCCACUCAUAAAAUUAUUCACACUGAUCAUACAAGGGAGGGAAGUUAUUCAUUCGAGGAAGACGGUCAUAGAUGAAGAAUAUCUAGUCAAGAAAUAUGGCAAGAACUAUAGAAAACUUCUUUCGGAUGCCAGAUUAGAAUCUCUCAUAAAGAACGGUGCUACUGUACCUAAGUUAUAA